UUUGGUUCUUUGUUCUCCUCAGACUCUCUUGGGAACUAAGUAGAAAUUCGUAGAGAUCUUUCAGAAAUUCUCAGUCUGUUUGAACUCAAGUUAGGUCUGAACUCUUCAAUUAGACGAUGGAAGACGAAGAUAUAGAGAAAGCGGUAAUGGCAUAUUUGAAAAAGAAAAGGUUUUAAACAGACGGCACUACCAUUGCAAGAAGAACAAAGCAAGAGUUCUUCUUCCAAUAUUUCAAAUACUGAUCCUGAUGUUUCCAAACAACUUCUCUCCUUCUCUGAGUCGGAAAACGAUCCUGCACGGUACCAGGACGGCUACAGCAAGUUAAGGUCAUGGACAUACGGUUCAUUAGAUCUUUACAAGCAUGAAUUGCUGCGAGUGCUUUAUCCAGUAUUUAUCCAUUGUUUUAUGGAUCUUGUGGCAAAAGGGCAUACACGGGAAGCUCGAACUUUUUUAGCAGCUACAGCGAAGACCAUGAGAUGAUGCACUUGAGGGAUCUUCAAAAGCUGGAAGGCAUUCUUUCUCCCUCACAUCUGGAGGAAAUGGAAUUUGCUCAUUCUCUUAGGCAGAGCAAAGUGAAGAUUAAGAUAUGUCAGUACUCGCACGAGCUGCUGGUGCAAUAUCUACAGAAACCCCAGUCCUCGAAAAUGUUUGGAAUAAUCAAUGAGCAUAUAACUUUCGAAGUUUCUCCUGGACAGCCAAGCUCGAUAUCUGAUGAAACGGAGGUAGUAACUCUAAUUGGAAUCAGCCAGGAUACAGCCAAACAGAUAAUGAGAAAGGUUAUCAUUAAGCCGCACCGGUCUUUGUUAACUGAAUCAGUGGUUGAAAGUGAGUUUGAGAUAAACAAAAAUGGAUACAAUGAGUCACGUUAGUGAUUGACUCGUAGGAUUCUAUAACGAUUCACAUGUGUAUAUAUUUUUUAAAAUUUGUUGGACGCGAAUCGAAUAUCCUUAUCUUUGAUUAGGAUGAGUCGGUCGUGAUCACGUACUAUCGUUUUUUUUCCUAGCUGCGAUCAUGUAUAACACAUUAUGUAAACAGCGGUGUUUCAUUUUUUUUCGGUCGGCCGUUGUCACUGUGUGGCAGCGGUGUU